CCGGUCCCCACAGUCGGCGAGGCUGCUGCGGGGAGCCGUGGGCGAGCCGACCCGAGCCACCCAACAGCAUCGACACCGCAGUCCUUCCGCCCGCCACCCCGGCAUCUAAAGUGGAAAGAAAGGCGUUUAUUUGGGCUUAGGCAGGCCUUGGAUCUCUGCAGAAGAAAGGCGAGCCCGAGAGCGGGGCGGCGGCGGCGGAAGCCGGGCCGCGGCUGGGGAGGAGGGACACGCUUUAUCAGAUCUGGGGGCCAGCUGCAGGCGACGGCGCUGGUAACCCGAGGAGAGUAAAUAGAGACACGUGGGUGCCGGCGCGAGGGAGCCGAGAGCCGGGCCGCGCGCGAGCAUCGGAUGGACGGAGAUACCCCAAAGCCCACAUCUCACCGGCCGCUCCGGCUUAGCCGCUGGGGAAACCUCACGGGGACAUCCAGUAGAAAAGUUCUGAUACCCAAAUGAUGUCCCCAACGUUUUUUUCCUGCCAGAGAAACGUGGAGAGUAUACCCUUUUCCUUAAAUGGCAGCCUUCUGCCCCCACCCCAAAGAAAGGGUGGUUUCGGGGGCGGGGACAUUUUGGGUUUAAAGAGUACUUUUAAGAACACCUCAGAGUUACCUUCUCUGUCCCGAUGGCAGGGGUGGUAAGACAAGCACAGCCCGCCCAGGAUUCCUACCACGACAAGGCCAGAGAACACCCUGAUGACGGAAAGCAUCCAGAUGGAGGCCUGUACAACAAGGGACCCUCCUACUCCAGUUAUUCUAGCUACAUAAUGAUGCCAAAUAUGAACAGCGACCCGUACAUGUCAAAUGGAUCUCUUUCUCCACCCAUCCCGAGGACAUCCAAUAAAGUGCCGGUGGUGCAGCCGUCUCACGCCGUCCACCCCCUCACCCCCCUCAUCACCUACAGUGACGAGCACUUUUCUCCAGGAUCACACCCGUCACACAUCCCAUCAGAUGUCAACUCCAAGCAAGGCAUGUCCAGACACCCUCCAGCUCCUGAAAUCCCCACCUUCUACCCCCUGUCUCCGGGUGCCGUCGGGCAGAUCACCCCACCCCUCGGCUGGCAAGGUCAGCCUGUAUAUCCCAUCACGGGUGGAUUCAGGCAGCCCUACCCAUCCUCUCUGUCAGGCGACACUUCCAUGUCCAGGUUCUCCCAUCAUAUGAUUCCUGGUCCUCCUGGCCCCCACACAACCGGCAUCCCUCAUCCAGCUAUCGUAACGCCUCAGGUCAAACAGGAGCACCCCCACACUGACAGCGACCUAAUGCACGUGAAGCCUCAGCAUGAACAGAGAAAGGAGCAGGAGCCAAAAAGACCUCACAUCAAGAAACCUCUGAACGCUUUCAUGUUAUACAUGAAAGAAAUGAGAGCCAACGUCGUAGCCGAGUGCACGCUAAAGGAGAGCGCGGCUAUCAACCAGAUCCUGGGCAGAAGGUGGCACGCCCUCUCCCGGGAAGAGCAGGCCAAAUAUUAUGAAUUAGCACGGAAAGAGAGACAGCUACAUAUGCAGCUUUAUCCAGGCUGGUCAGCAAGAGACAAUUAUGGCAAGAAGAAGAAGAGGAAGAGAGAGAAGCUACAGGAAUCGACUUCAGGUGGCAAAAGAAACUCAUUCCCAACGUGCAAAGCCAAGGCGGCGACCCCAGGCCCUCUUCUGGAGAUGGAAGCUUGUUGAAAACCCACACUGUCUCCACAGCUUGCCCGGCUGACCCCAAGGAGCACUGACAGCAUCUCUACCCUGAGGUCACUGCUAGAGACGCUGCUGACCCACAGAGACAGUCACUGCCAGCCCCUCCCCCGUCUCCUGCAAGCGCCGACUUCCAAAAGCAAGCAAGCCGGAAACGGUCAUUUCUGAAAAAGAAAAAAGAAAAAAAAAAAAGCCCAUGAGAACGCUAGCAGGCCCUGCCCACUGAGCGGUGGCAUCGUCGCUUCUGGUCUCUGUGUGCACCUCUCCUCUGUGCAGACCUGUCACCCUGCAGCAAGGACAGUAGCUUGGCCGUGUUCGUGCGCAACUCGAGUCAGGGACCGGAGCAGGCAUCAGCAUCCUGGCGUGAGAAUUGUGGAAGACUCCCGUUUCCGUCCUCAUUUGCCUAUCAUCUUCAAGUUUUUUAUUUAACAGUACAAAAGGAUCAAGCUUGUGUUUGCUUCUUUUUUUUUUUUAACUCGAAUUUUUAAAUUUACUUUUUUUUUUUAAUUUUUAUUUUCCUUGUAUAUUUUGCUAGCUCUGAGCUUUUACAUGAAAUUCAUGGGUCUGGAAGAGUCUGGAAUAAAAACAAGAUGAAAAGAAGCCUUCUGCUCUUCCGAGCUGUCUUGUCCAGUGAGUGGCUUCUCUGUGACACACGGUGGCCUCUGUCCUGUGAAGUGUCUGAUAGAGCUGAACAGUUAGCCAAGCCCACUCUGGUUGUUAGUGAUUGGCAGCCCAUCUCACUUAAUUUUCUGAUUUUUUUUUUAUGAUGACAAACUUUAACACACACUUUGAGCAAACCCCUUUGCGGUGGAUUUUCUUUUCUUUCUUUUCACUCUUGUAAAAAAGCCCAGCACUUGAAUGGUUAUUACUUUCAAUGUUCUGUAUUUGUAUCUGUUUUUAUUAGCCAAUUAGCGGGGAUUUAUGCCAGUUGUUAAAAUGAGCGUUGAUGUAUCUGUUACUUUGAAAUGGCAAGGCACAGCCUUUGCCCCCAAUUGUCAUCUUAACGUCUGUCUCUCCAGUUUGAGUUAACGUGCUGAGCAUUUUUUAAAAGAAGCUUUGUAAUAAAACAUUUUUUUAAAA